AUGGCUCAUCUCGAGGCAUCUAAGCUCUUUUCGGUGGAGGGCCUGGUUGCCGUGAUCACCGGAGGAGGAAGUGGACUCGGUCGUUCAAUGGCACUAGCGCUUGAUGCGAAUGGGGCCUCGAAAGUCUUUAUCAUCGGUCGGCGAGAGGAGGUGCUCAAAGAGACGGCAGCCGCCGCGAAGAACAAGACCCUCAUCCCCAUCAUUGGCGACAUUACAUCCAAGGAGUCCCUUGAGGCGGCGUAUGAUGCUGUUGCCUCGCAGACAGACCGUGUCCAUCUCCUUGUGGCAAACAGCGGCAUCAUGGGCCCCAUGAUCCAUCCCCCGAAAAAACCGGAUGGCGAGAAACCGACCCUAACGGAGCUACGAGACCACCUAUGGCAGCUUCCGAUGGACGAUUUCUCAAACGUGCUCAACAUCAAUGUCACAGGCACGUACUACACCGUGCUGGCCUUCCUGCCGCUGCUGGACGCGGCAAAUAAGAAUCUGCCUGCCGCACAGCCGGGCAUGCUCCCACCACCCAAGGCGCAGGUUGUGGUAACCAGCUCUAUUGCCGGUUACAGCCGCAUGGUCCCCUUCAGCUUCGCAUACAGUCUUUCCAAAGCUGCCGCGACGCAUCUUAUCAAGAUGCUGUCAACCCUCUUGUCGCAGUACGCUAUCCGUGUCAACGGGCUGGCGCCGGGCUUGUACCAUUCCGAACUUGCGAUGCCCUUGUACCAGAACAAGGGUAUAGAGGGUACCGGGACCGCGGAGGGCUCAUUUCCGCGCGAAGCGAUUCCCGUCAUGAGAGGUGGCGGCGAAGAAGAUAUGGCCGGUUUGAUCCUGUGGCUGGCCGGGGCGGCGGGCGGUUAUAUCAAUGGAAAUAUCGUCGUGACGGACGGUGGUCGCUUGAGUCUUUUGCCGUCUGUUUACUAG